UCUUGGUAGAUGAAAGCAGAAGGAAUGGUGAAAGAAGAGGAAGGUAAAACCACAACUCCAAAAAGACAAAUGAUCCUCAGCAUAUAAAAGGAAGCCAUGAAAGCUCAAAGACCUCUGAAGAUGAGAAACCCAGCUGUCACCAUGAAGACACUUGUACUGCUCACUCUGGUGUGUUUUCAGCAAGUCAGCGUGUGUUCAGGCGCAAACACCUUGUUGAAGAAUUGCUGCCCUGGCAUCGGAAAAAUAUCUAUCCCAUUGAAUAAUGUCCAACAUCUAGAAAGAACAUCAGAGAGCUGCAAGCCCAAUGCUGUUAUAGUCACAACAGUGAAGGGUAGACGUGUUUGCCUCGACCCCAGCUGGGCGUGGACAAAAUAUCUGUUGGAAAAAUCAUCAGGCAACAACCCAUCUCCACCGGAAUGCUGUAUAAAACAUAGGGUUGUUGAAGUCCUGUGAAGAGGAAGUUCCUUCAUGUCAGUUUUUGUGUAAUGCUCUGUCUGCUUUACAAUGAGGACCAGGGGGUGGUUAAAAAAAAACUGUAGGAUACAUUUUGUACAUUAGCAGAUUUUUAAUUGCUGUAUCUGAACAAAACAUACUGACUUUGAGUUAAAAGGUGAAAAAUAUAAUUAGCGGAAUAUCUGACAAUGUAGACAUGUGGACAUCGGGGGCGGUACCUCUGGAUUGGCAGAACCGGAGGGUGUGUUCCAACUAUCGGGGGGUCACACUCCUCAGGUUUAUUUAGGUGUACUGGAGAGGAGGCUACGCCGGAUAGUCGAACCUCGGCUACAGGAGGAACAGUGUGGUUUUCGUCCUGGUCGUGGAACUGUGGACCAGCUCUAUUCUCUCGGCAGGGUCCUUGAGGGUGCAUGGCUUCAUCUGGCCAGGAUCUUCAACUCUCACUGGAUCGGUUCGCAGCCGAGUGUGAUGCGACCGGGAUGAGAAUCAGUCCGAGUCCAUGGUUCUCGCCGGGAAAGUGGAGGAGUUCAAGUACCUAGGAUUCUUGUUCACGAGUGAGGGAAGAGUGGAUCGUAAGAUCAACAGGCGGAUCGUUGCGGCGUCUUCAGUAAUGCGGACGCUGUAUCGAUCCGUUGUGGUGAAGAAGGAGCUGAGCCGAAAGGCAAAGCUCUAUAUUUACCAGUCGAUCUACGUUCCCAUCCUCACCUAUGGUCAUGAGCUUUGGGUUAUGACCGAAAGAACAAGAUCACAGGUACAAGCGGCCGAAAUGAGUUUCCUCCACCGGGUGGCGGGGCUCUCCUUAAGAGAUAGGGUGAGAAGCUCUGCCAUCCGGGAGGAGUUCAAAGUAAAGCCGCUGCUCCUCCACAUCAAGAGGAGCCAGAUUAGGUGGUUCGGGCAUCUGGUCAGGAUUUCCCCCAAUCGCCUCCCUGAGGAUGUAUUUCGGGCACGUACAACCGGUAGGAGGCCACGGGGAAGACCCAGGACAGGUUGGGAAGACUAUGUCUCCCGGCUGGCCUGGGAACGCGUCGGGAUCCCCUGGGAAGAGCUGGACGAAGUGGCUGGGGAGAGGAAAGUCUGCUUAUGCUGCUUCCCCCGCGACCCAACGUCGGAUAAGCGGAAGAUGAUGGAAUGUUUUCACAGCUGCAAUAUGUUGAAGACCAAUAAUAAAUAGCUCCCAGAGCCACACUUUGGACCGCCCUUGUGCUGUAGGUUUGCCUCACACUGUUUCAGAAAUAUUUGUUUUUUUAUAUGUAAUGCUUUGUUAUGCUUUUAUUACAUUUCCUAUCCAAUGUGUAUUUUUGUAUUUUUAUCAUGUUUUUUUUUGUUUUUUUAUGUGUGUCUGUUGUGAAUACUGCUUGUACAUUGUUUGUAUAUGACGUAACAUCACCUGUGUCAGGAGCAAAUAUUUUUGCUACUUGUUAGUAUUGUUUUGGAUAUUCAUUUAGAUUGGAAUGUUUCAUUAGGUGACAUUUUAAUACACUGUGAGGAGACAAAACUGCCAAUAAAUGACUCAGUUAUUAUAUGAUGGUAAUAUAUGAUGGAUUCCACAUCCUGAUUUGAUGACUGCUGCUGUCACAAUAAAUGAGUCAAAGACCGCACAUAAUUGUAGUGAACACUUCGUGAUAAUAAAUAAAAUAUUGUUCUAAUUA